AUCUAUAUACUUUGUAUUUUUGUAUCCAUGAUAUGGGCGCUCUCAGGCCUUUCUGCUCACGUGCAGAAAUAGAAAUUUGUGUUAUUUGAUGUUUUACGUGAAAUUUACAAUAAAAGUGCUUUAAAGAAAAAAUAGAAAUAUGCCUACUUACGAAAUGCCACUGUUGAUGCGUAUUCUGAAAAAGCCAGAAUUGGUGACAACUUUAAAGAGAACAGCUGGAAUAAUAUUUAACACAGGUGGUUUUAUUAGAAAAAUAGAGAAUUGGGGAACAAAAGAAUUACCAUUCAAGAUUUCUGCGCAUGGACAUGUUCAUCGUCAAGCAAAUCAUUUUUGUAUAUACUUUGAUGCACCUCCAAAGUUAAUAGAUCAUAUUUUGGAUGAAUACCACAGAGAUAUUGAUAUUGUUAGACUGCAUAUAUAUAAACAGUUCAUACCAAGUGAGGUAGAAUGUACGUUCCAUGAGGAAAUGUUACCACCGCCAUAUAGACCUAGCGUCCAGAAAUUGAUGAAAAUGGCUAAGAAGCAGCAUAGAAACAAACAUGAAUUUAAAUCCAAUAGUGGGCUGGAUUAUUAUCCUUUUAAUUAAAUACAUUUUUUUUAUUCAAUGUAGUAUUGUAUUUGUUUCAAAAUGAAAUAUUUAAAAAAAUCAGGAAUGUAUUAUUAAAAAAAUAUUAACUCUAUAGACACAUAGCUUAGUAGCAGUAUCUGGAUUUAGAGUAAAAAUGUAAGAUUAGAAACAUUUGAAAAGAAUAUGAUACAUGUACUUCAUAUUAAUAUUUCAUAUAAAAGUCA